GGUAUUUCGCCUUUCGCUGCAUGAGACGCAUCCAUCCAUACCGCUGCAUCCCCGACAUCUAGAUAAACCCGGACCAUCUCGAUUGUCAUCGACAAUCUAAUCCGUCCCAGAAUCCGCACCUCAGCAAACUUCCCACUCGCCGCCCUCCGUCGUGACGUGACCUCAUCUCCCACGCAGGCCAGUUAUGGCCAGCUCCGCUCCCUCCACCAACGCCGCAAUACCACCAGCACCCUCCGAGGAGGUGGCACUGGUAUCAGAACAACCCAAGACGUCGCAUGCCCCGCAGACAGCAAGCGAUGCGCCCAGUGCCGUGGAGAUGAACGACCUCCCCUCCACCCCGGCCGUCGCGCCAGAGCAGCCUGAAUCGACCGCUCCCGCUCCCCCUCCGACGCAACUUCCUAGCGCAGCCACGGACGCAGCAUCAGCACCCGUAACGUCCGCAGACAAACCCGACGAGAAGCCCAUCCCACCCACCGACGCCUCCACCCCCCUCCCUACCGACGCCCCCGCUCCCGAAACCCCCUCCCCGGUCUCCCCUCUCCCGAAAACCCCCGUCCUAAUCACCCUCCUCCUCACCUCCGGCGCGCGGCACGCGAUGCGUAUCGACGAGAAGUACCUCGGGAAGCGCAGCAUGAAGGCAGAGGACGGAGACCCGUUCAACAUCAGCGUGUAUAAUCUGAAGGAGCUGGUAUGGAAUGAGUGGAAGGAGGAGUGGGAGGAGCGGCCGGUGGCGCCGAGUUCGAUUCGGUUGAUUCAUUUUGGGCGGAUGUUAGAGGAUAAUACGGCGUUAAGGGAUUGCCGGUUUAACGCCGACAACCCGAACGUCGUGCACAUGACAGUCCGCCCGCAGGAGCUCGUUGAAGAGGAGGAUACCAAAGCGACGAAGGCGGCCGCGAGGGAUCGCGAUGCCGAAGGGAGGGAGUCUACCCGGUGCUGCGUAAUCUUAUGAUCGGGAGGAUGUCUCGCAUGCAGGCUAUAUACGAGACGGUCGGCAUCGAACCGCUAGCUGUCUGGAUAUGGGAUUUGUCGGCGGAAAGAAAUCUGGGAGACACGUGGAUUGCAGAGCAUGGCGAUCUACAUGAACAGAACGGGCCCAUUCCCGCGUGGUGAAGCACACUCUUUCAGCCACAUUC